UGGAAGACCAUGACCAUACGAGCGUCGAGCGGACGAACCCAGCUAAUUUUGGCGUCGUUCUCCUGGUUGUGGUUGCGGAUGAGCGUGUUGUGAUCUACAAGAUGGAUGUCGUCUGGUCGUAACACCGGCGAUAUCCUAAACGAUCGUAGAAUCGCUAUCGCAUUCGCUUUCGCACCGAGAUGGAAUAAAUGGUGUCCAUUCAACAGAAGGGAAAAAAUUUGGAUCCGUUUUGCAAAGAUCAGCAAAGAGAUGCUCUCUCACGUGCAACAAAACAAUACUGUCGUACACUUGAACCUUUUCUCGCAGGAACCUCCCUCCAAUGUCAGCAAGUAGUAACGAAAUUCAUUUUUUUAGAAUUACGAGGACACCACACCAUCAGCUUCAUAUCAUACUUAAAUCCCCUUCCCGCCCAUAAAGACCUAUUUUUUUGAUGUUGUAGUUCUGUCCUUUUUGUCUCUGCUGCCGCCCUAUGGGCCCUUUCUUGGUUUAGAUUUAGAUUUACCUUCUGGGGCUAUAAUUUUUCACGACACUAUAACAUGACGGACCGCGUGAAAUGGGACGAGCACACCAUCGCGGAGCACGACAAGGAUCGCGGCACCCGAAUGAAAAUUGACGAACCGAAAACCCCGUACCACGCGCCCCCCCAGGGCAGGAGCUCCUCGUCCUCCAGCAUGACGACGUCGCACGCUCCGCUACAGACUGACCAGCUGGCGGCGAAGCUGAACGCGUUGAGCCUGGAGCAAACGGAGGAGGAGAAAAAGAAGCAAGAUUUUUUGGACGCGAGAAAAAAGCACUACAAUGAAGGGAUGAAAAUCAAGGAGAUGAUGGCCCGGGGUAUGAUGCAGGACGAGGAGGAGAGUGACGACGACGAAGACAUGUCGGAGGGCGAGAUCGAGCGCCAGCGAGUCCUGGAGGAAAACAAGCGAAAAAACGCCCAGAUGACGCAAAACGUCGUUCUCACACCGCGCGGAGGAAACAGAGCACCCACGACACCACCGAAUAAAGCAGCUUCUGGUCCGACAGGGAAGUGAUCCUGGUGCGGCCCUCGGGAAAAGCAAUACCGGCAAGUGGCGCGGCCUACUAGGGGCUAGGGCUAGGAGGUAAAACUUUUACGCACCACCUGCACAUCAUAACUUAACUGAUGGACACCGGCGCACGACAGAAGGCCAUACUUUUCGCUGGUGACAAAGGCUGCGGGGAUCAUGAAGGAUUCAUGAGGCGGCCGCCUUUGCGGCGCCUCAGGAAAAUUAAUGUGUUUGAACUUGUCACACGACAGACUCAGGGACAGAACUACGCGUACGCCCGGUACCGAUUACAGGAAUCACGACAGCAAGUAAGUAAAGCCGCAUGCGCAUCUGCAGACGCGGAGUCGCAUAAACUUUGAGCAGUGGCAGAAGCUUGCUAAACUUAACCCGUGUUCUUCGCGCUGACUUCUCUGAGUGUGUCAGACGAAGAUGAUGACAUUAUGUAUAAGUACACAAUUAUGGAAAAAACGAAAGAG